AUGUCCGAUCCAGCAUGGCAGCGCGUGGCCUCGCGGGGCAUGCGCGCAUGGCUGGGCGCUGGUGGAGUCGGCGCGGGCAAGGGCGGGGGGGGCCCGGGCGCGAGAACCGCCGCGGAGAGGCGCACAGGGCGAACGGGGCGGAGCGAGACGGUGCUGGCGAUGGCGGAAAGAAGCGGCGAAUCCGCGCGGGAUGGGGAGGGAGGCAGUCUGGUUAGCUCCACUCUCCUCGUCGCCGGCACCACGGUGGGGGCGGGCAUAUUGGCGCUGCCAGCAGUGACGAGCGAGGCGGGCUUCUUGCCCUCCUGCGCCACCUGCAUCGUCUGCUGGCUCUACAUGGUGGCGACAGGCAUGCUGAUAGCAGAGGUCAAUGUGAACACCAUGUGCGAGCUCGGAUCCGGAGGAGUCUCUCUGGUGUCCAUGGCGCAGCGUACGCUAGGCACAACAGGGGUGCGUGUAGCGGGCACCACGUACCUGCUCAUCCACUACGCAGUCAUCACCGCCUAUGUCUCUCGCUCCGCCGACAUCAUCAGCACUGCUUCCUCUCUCCCACACGGCCUCGCUGCCUCCAUCUUCACUCUCUCCUUCGGCGCCCUCUGCUACUUCGGCAGCCAGCGGGCCAUAGGGCUGGUGAACGGCAUGCUGGUGGCGGGAAUAGUGCUGUCGUUCGCCUUCCUGCUCGCCUUCUCCCUUGCUGACAUCCACCCCCAAGCCCUGCUCGCCGCCAACAUUGCUGCCGUCCCUGCCAGCGUGCCCAUCAUCGCCCUCUCCUUCGUCUACCAGAACGUGGUGCCAGUGGUGGCCACGAACCUCGAGGGCAACCUACUGCGCAUACGCACGGCCAUCCUAGCAGGCACAGCGCUACCUCUCCUCAUGUUCCUGCUCUGGGAUGCCGCCAUCCUCGGCACCGCUCCCCUCCCGCCGUCUCCCCAACCACUUGUCGACACCAUCACCAUUGCUUCCGAUGCUGCUGCUGCUGCCGCUGCUGCUGCGCCGUCUGCUGCGGUGGCUGCUGCAGAAACCAUGAAGGUGGUGGACCCUCUGGCUCGCCUGCAGCAGAUUGACCCGUCUGUAGGGGGUGCGGUGCAGCUGUUCUCCUUCUUCGCCAUAGCCACGUCAUACAUCGGCUUCAUCCUCGGCCUCUCUGACUUCCUUACUGACGCACUCAAGCUUCCAGCGGGCAGGGGGCGCACCCCUCUGCCGUACAUCCUCACACUCGCCCCGCCACUCGCUUUCUCCCUCUCCAACCCCGACCUCUUCUUCACUGCUCUCGACCUUGCGGGCACAUACGGAGUGCUGGUGCUGUUUGGCAUCCUACCAGCAGCCAUGGCAUGGGUGGACCGUGCCUCUCUCCGGACCGCCACAGACCAGCCACGCCUUGUCCCGGGCGGCAAUGUCACGCUCACCCUCAUCAUUGGCUUUGCUCUCACCAUUAUCACUAACGAUAGGUGUCCCACCGGCGGUCGGCAUAUCGAGUGCGUCGGUCACUAUAACCCGCUGCCAGGCAAGGACGGAAUGAAGCGCAUCGGCAUCAACACUGAACGCAUCAAGUACUGGCUGUCUGUGGGGGCCCAGCCGUCAGAGACGGUUGCAAAGCUUCUAGGCCGGAUAGGGUUGCUACCACCUCUUCCUGUUCCAAAGCAGUUGCCACAAGUACCAAAGUCAAAUGUGGCUAAGUGA